GCCAAAAAAGUGCCCGAGAGAAAGGGGCGUUCUGCCGACCUUUCUCCCUCGCCGUCUCCCCGCUCUUCCUUCCUCCACCUCUUACUGACGCGCAUUUUGCCAGCGAACGUCGUUCCUCUAGAAGAAACGAAGCGAAGUGUUCUCUUCCGACCCUUUCCGUUGUCCCGCAUCGACUGCUUGUCGGUCUCCGCUCUCCGGCGGCUGUUGCCAGUAACCCGAGGGACCCCCUCGCCGAAACGUCUCUCUCGGGUCUGAAAUCCGCUGAGAGGCCUCUAUUGGACGCCCCAACUACCGGCUGGACACGCUGCAAUUGGCAGUUCACCGAGGACUGCUUUCGCAGUUUCAUCAACUCGGGCGUCAAAGUCCAAUAAUCCUAAUUUGGAAUUUUUAGCGCGUGAAGGCACGGGACGCCGGCUGCAACUGCAUUAGGGUUUCAGCCUUCGAGUCGGACGAGUUUCGGCGUCCGGCCGUAGCGGUUUGGCGGGGACAGCGUAUUAUCUUUAUAGAAGCUCCGGCAGAACUUAUACAGUCCGUGGCUUCUAAAUCCUGGGGAAAGACCAGGUAACUUGUGAAAGUGAUCCAAUAAGAGGGUGUCUUUUUCAUCCUCAAGAAUUCAUGGUUGAUGUGGUGUACAAUUGAUGAAAUUUAAGCUGCUUACUGCAACACCAUGGACAACCUUUAUGCUGAAGAAUAUGAAGAAGUCAGUGUAGUUGGUUUUGAAGCUCCAAAAUCACCUGAAGCAAGUUACAACAGCGCCUUCCCUGGUCAUGAGGAUGAAGCAAGAGAUCCUCCCCUGGUUCCUCCGCACUUACAGCAUACCUUGUUAAGCUUUCCUGCUAGCAAAGAUGCCUCUGGAAGCAUUCCAGCACCUCAAAAUGUAAUUUUAAACCAUUUGUAUAUCGAGAACAGGGACAGCCCUCAGCCUGUUGUGGCUCUUGGGCUGACCCACAGGUUCCGUUCAAAAUUUGUGACGGUCGUGUUAUAUAAACCCAUCCAAAGAAGGGGAUCUUGAAGGAGUAUCUGCAUAGGUCUAGUUCACCUCGUGAUUUGUUGAGGGGUGCUGAUCCUUGUUGUAUUCUUCUUUUCCUUUUGGGAUGGAGAGACACCCAUAGCUGCUGAAUACAGUUGCAGGUGCAUAAUUUGGUUCGUGCUGAAAGUUGAAUCGUUAUACCGAUUGGAAAGAGGCAUGUCUUCCUUUUGA